AUGGCCGGUUUCUUAUAUUAUGUCGCUAUCUCGGACGAGGACGUAGCACCUGGAGCCCAAAUGUCGGAGUCGGAUCUUGAUGAACAACAUCUUACAGAGCAGGAACUAGUAGAGGCUCUCCAGGAACAGAUCCUCGACAGGUCAAGCGAGAAGUCACCAAGUCCGCCUCGCGCCUCGCCUGAGGCAGAGGACCUAGACUGCUCAACUUCUGAGGGUUCGCUCUGCGAUGAAUAUUAUCCGAACUCUCCCCCAAAAGAAUGGGAGAAGGGGCCAAUGGAAGACCGGAUGGCAGAGGCCAUGGGAGGGAAGAUCGAAGAGAAAGAAGUAGAGAAAGGGAGGCCUCAAAAGGCCGACCAUGGGCAGGUUUCAAAAGCCAAAAUGCAUAGCGACAGCAAAUUUAAAAGAUAG